GGACAGCCACCAAGUUCGGAGAAGUGAGGAGCUGCAGAGCAGCGACCCGCAGCAACUCUGCGCCCACAGUUGCAGGGUCUCCGCGGGGAUCGGCGCGUGCGCAGAGCGCAUUCCGGGGCUGUUCCGGCCUCCGUGGCGCCCGCGCGCGCUCCCGCCCAGCCAAAGCCCUAGGUGGUCUGCGGCGCGCGGCCGACGCAGCGGCGCGCUCCAGGGGCGGUCCUGCGCGGCCGGCACCGCCCUCCUCCGAGCUACCCUCUGCUCCCAGUCUCCCCUGCGCUUCCUGCAUUAAGGCAGUCGCCGCCGGCUCCCCUUCUCUGCCUCGCUCACCCAGGCGGUGCCAUGGCGGCCUUCAGCAAGUACCUGACGGCGCGAAACUCGUCGCUGGCGGGGGCCGCGUUUCUGUUGCUCUGCCUGCUCCACAAGCGUCGCCGCGCCCUCGGCCUGCACGGUAAGAAAACUGGAAAACCACCAUUACAGAACAAUGAGAAAGAGGGAAAAAAAGAACGUGCUGUGGUGGACAAAGUGUUUUUUUUAAGGCUCGCACGGAUUCUGAAAAUCAUGGUUCCUAGAACGUUUUGUAAAGAGACAGGUUACUUGGUACUUAUUGCUGUUAUGCUGGUGUCUCGAACAUACUGUGAUGUUUGGAUGAUUCAAAAUGGAACACUCAUUGAAAGUGGUAUCAUUGGUCGUAGCAGAAAAGAUUUCAAGAGAUACUUACUCAACUUCAUCGCUGCCAUGCCUCUCAUCUCUCUGGUUAAUAACUUCUUGAAGUUUGGGUUAAAUGAACUCAAACUAUGCUUCCGAGUAAGACUAACUAAAUACCUCUAUGAGGAGUAUCUCCAAGCUUUCACUUACUAUAAAAUGGGAAACCUGGACAACAGAAUAGCUAAUCCAGACCAGCUGCUUACUCAAGAUGUAGAAAAGUUUUGUAACAGUGUAGUUGAUCUAUAUUCAAAUCUUAGUAAGCCAUUUUUAGACAUUGUUUUGUAUAUCUUCAAGUUAACAAGUGCAAUAGGAGCUCAGGGCCCAGCAAGCAUGAUGGCUUACUUGGUUGUUUCUGGGCUAUUCUUAACUCGACUUAGAAGACCCAUUGGUAAGAUGACAAUAACUGAGCAAAAGUAUGAAGGAGAGUAUAGAUUUGUUAAUUCCCGGCUUAUCACAAACAGUGAAGAAAUUGCCUUUUAUAAUGGGAAUAAAAGAGAAAAGCAAACAAUUUACUCAGUCUUCGGAAAACUGGUGGAACACCUACAUAGUUUCAUUUUGUUUCGGUUUUCUAUGGGCUUCAUUGAUAGCAUAAUUGCCAAAUAUCUUGCCACUGUAGUUGGUUACCUAGUUGUGAGUCGUCCUUUCCUAGAUUUGUCUCAUUCUCGACAUCUCAAGAGUACACAUUCAGAACUUCUGGAGGAUUACUACCAAAGUGGAAGAAUGCUUUUGCGAAUGUCUCAAGCUUUGGGUAGAAUAGUUUUGGCUGGCCGUGAAAUGACAAGAUUGGCUGGGUUUACUGCUCGGAUUACAGAAUUAACGCAAGUACUAAAGGAUUUAAGUCAUGGCAAAUAUGAACGCACAAUGGUCUCGCAACAGGAAAAGGGUAAUGAAGGAACACAAGUCAUUCCUUUGAUACCUGGUGCCGGAGAAAUCAUCAAUGCUGAUAACAUUAUAAAAUUUGAUCAUGUUCCUUUAGCAACGCCAAAUGGAGAUAUCUUGAUCCGAGACCUUAAUUUUGAAGUUCUAUCUGGAGCUAAUGUUCUGAUUUGUGGCCCAAAUGGCUGUGGGAAGAGUUCGCUUUUCCGUGUUCUUGGUGAACUAUGGCCUCUUUUUGGGGGACGUCUAACUAAACCUGAGAGAGGGAAGUUAUUUUACGUUCCUCAGAGACCUUAUAUGACCCUUGGAACACUUCGAGACCAAGUGAUAUAUCCAGAUGGAAGAGAAGAUCAGAAAAGGAAGGGGAUAUCUGACCUAGUACUGAAGGAAUACUUAGAUAAUGUUCAGCUGGGUCAUAUCCUUGAACGUGAAGGAGGCUGGGACAGUGUUCAGGAUUGGAUGGAUGUACUCAGCGGUGGAGAGAAACAAAGAAUGGCGGUUGGGGAAACCACCACAUUGAUCCUGGGAUAUUAUAUGGUAAUCCUGGGUUAAAAGAUCUCUUUCAGUAUCUUUUCUCUAUAAACCUCUCUGCCUUAUUCAGGCUGUUCUAUCUGAAGUAACUGAAGGUGUUAGAGAUGAUCACCCCUAUCCCUAUUUUUAUCAUUUUAUUCUUUAUAAUGGUCUUGCUCUUUCCUUCUGCUGUUACAUGUAUCAUUGUAUUAGGGCUCAGUAUCAACUACCUAAAGUUACUUAGAAUUAAAAAAUUUUUAUAAUACAAAGAAGUAAUCAAAAGAAACUAUUUUAAUGUUAUGAUUGACUAAACUUACCUUGAUCAAACAUGACUACAAAAUACUACAUAUUAAGAGUGAUACUUUCAAUAUCCCUCUGUUAAGAGAGAGAACUCUUUUUCUAACUAUACAUACAUACCAUAGCUUGAGCAGAUACAGAGCAAUUUUUUUCCCCAGAGUGUUAACCUUGUGGAAAUUAGAGAAAACUGUAGCUAAGGAAAGACAGCAGAAAUGGCUUAUUGCAGAAUUGCUUACUCAUUAUCUUCAGUUUAUAUCAUACCUUUUUGUUGCCUCCUAUUCCCUGAUUUUGCAUGCUGUUUUUCCCAAACUAAUACCCAUUCUGUUUAAAUACCCAUUUAAUACUGUGAUUUGUCUAGCUAGUGCUAUAACAUGAGAUUAAUUUAGAGUGAGAAUGAAUCAUAAAAUAAAAGAGAUGUAUCAGCCAUACCUUCAAAAAUGGAAAUUGGACUGAAGAACUAAGAAUUUGAAGUGAUUGGGCAUUUCUGGAAGUAAUUUAGAAGAUGACCUUAGAAACAGUUGCAAGUCAAGUGAACAAAUUUAAAUUCCUGUACCAUGACUUCAAAGAAAAUGAAAGGAUAAGUCAAGAUUACAAGUGGGCACAGUGGAACCCAGAGAAAGAAAAAUAAAUGCGUAACUAAGGAAUCCUGUGUGUGUGGUAAAAGGUACAGAGUGGAUAGCUUUUAUUUGAAGAUAAAAAAUUCAAGGCCUGGAGGAGUAUCUUGGAAGAGUAAGGGAGUAGGGGAAGGAUCCUAUAAAACCAGAUGAACCUUGAUGGAGUUGUUUGAGAAAUGGAGAAAGCUCACCCAUGACACUGCUGCUGACCAAGCCAUUGACAGGGUGUGUUCUGUUUAGGCCAGUGUUUGGAGAAUUGAAUGUGAAGUUUUAAAGAGAUGUAUAGUUUUGCUACUUUCAGAGGGUUUGUAAGGAGAGAGAGAAGUCGGGUGAAGAGUGUAUGUGUGUUCAUCUUACUGUUCUUUCAGUUUUUUGGUUGAAUUGAAAAUUUUCAAAGUAAAAAGUUGCAGCAAAAGAUGUGUGGAGAAAGUAAAGCUUCCAAUGUCCAGGAUUCUCACCUGGCCCCGAUUGGCUUGCUCACUGCACACGUGUGGGCAAUACCUUGUUAUUGACUAUAUAAAGAGCUCUGCUUAGUGUUCUGGGCUGCAUGGCUGCAGGAGAGCAGAGGCUGGAGUGGUGGCAGCGCCGAGGACAGAGACUGAGAUGGCUGUGGGGGCGGAGAGGCCCAGAGGCAGAGACCAGCUUGCUGCAUGCAGACUCACUCUGAGUGGACGAGAUUCUAGUGAUUGACCUGCCACUGUGGGAAUAAAGUUCGGUAUAAACCCUUUCACCCCAAGAACAUUCCACUGUCAUAUUUUUGGCCUCACUGAAUCCAUAGUGAACUUGCCCGGGGUUAAAACACAUUGGCAAGACAAGAGGACACAAUUUUUAUAAAUCAUGUAAUUUUAUAAUAUUAAUGAAAUAUUAAUGCCAUAUAUUAUUGCAUAUAAAAUUAUAUAAUUUUAUAAAU